CACACAUUGUCUAUAGACACCACUUGACAAUCAUGGCGAGCACGUCAAGAAUUGAGGCAAAUAAGGUGGUCUGCUAUGCUCACCCCGACGCGCCGCUUAUCGAGGAUUACCGGGCAGGUGACAUGAUCUGCUCGGAAUGCGGCCUCGUCGUUGGAGACAGAGUAAUUGACGUUGGUUCAGAAUGGCGUACAUUCAGCAACGAGAAGUCGGGAGUAGACCCCUCUCGUGUUGGUGGGCCAGAGAACCCGCUGCUCUCAGGCGGAGACCUUUCCACAAUCAUUGGUCCUGGCCGUGGCGACGCUUCAUUUGACAGUUUCGGUGUAUCAAAGUAUCAGAACAGACGUAAUAUUAGCAGUACAGACAGGGCACUGAUUAAUGCGUUCAGAGAGAUCAACACAAUGGCUGACCGCAUUAAUCUUCCCAAAACAAUUGUGGACAGGGCUAACAAUUUGUUUAAACAGGUACACGAUGGCAAAAACUUAAAAGGCCGAGCAAAUGACGCCAUUGCAUCAGCUUGCUUAUACAUCGCCUGCCGCCAGGAGGGUGUGCCCCGUACAUUCAAAGAGAUCUGUGCCGUUAGCAAAAUCAGCAAGAAAGAGAUUGGCCGGUGUUUUAAACUCAUCCUCAAAGCUCUGGAGACCUCUGUGGACCUCAUCACUACAGCGGACUUCAUGUCUCGGUUCUGCUCAAACUUGGGGCUCCCGAACUCUGUGCAAAGGGCAGCCACACAUAUUGCAAGGAAGGCGGGAGAGCUGGAUAUUGUGUCUGGACGGAGCCCUAUUUCAGUUGCCGCUGCUGCUAUUUAUAUGGCUUCUCAGGUGUCAAACGAUAAGCGAACCCAGAAAGACGUCGAGAACAUCUCCGGCUUGCCGGGCGAAGCCAUCUGGGAAGCAUAUAGGCUCAUGUAUCCACAUGCAUCCGACAUUAUCCCCAUUAGCUUUGAGCUGUCCGCGCCCAUUCAAUCUCUGCCUAGAAUUUAGGUGGUACCUACACCACAGAUUAACAUUACAGUACAAUCUUAUUCUUUUUCAUUCAUCAUGCUCUGUAAGUGGGUAAUCUUUAGGGUUCCGUACCCAAAGGGUAAAAACGGGACCCUAUUACUAAGACUCCACUGUCCGUCUGUCUGUCACCAGGCUGUAUCUCACGAACCGUGAUAGCUAGAUAGUGGGUAGUUGAAUUUUUCACAGAUGAUGUACCUACUUAAGAAUUUCUGUUGCAAAUACUUACUAAAAAGUAUGGAAUUCUCGGUGGGCGAGUCCGACUCGCACUUGUCCGGUUUUUAUUGUUCUAUAAGUAUGUAUAGUGUGCAGAAAAAGACACGUUUCUGCUAGGCUUAUUUUUUCUUAUUUUUACGCUAAGCGCUAAGCUAUAAGCGCUAAAUUUUACUAAUUUGGUUAUAAAUGGAUUUGUUGUACAAUUUCCAUUUUGAUAUUUAACCCCCCAUUGCAGAAAUAACGACUUUUACCUACUAACUUUUAUUGUUAAGUACUUAAUUGAAAGUACCCUCAUAAAUACUAAAAAAAGUUUAACAUGUUUUUAAUUACACGUUACGUGUACUUUACUUUCCUUGUAUCCUAAUUGAAACGUAGUGAAAGCACAAACCUAUUUCAAUAUCGGCCUAUUGGCGCUCUCACUGCGUACCAAACUACCUCGACUGUAAUCAGUGCCUUUCAUCCCUUGGUUAACAAUUAGAUCACAACGGUUAUGUUAUGUACCUAUUUUACCAAUAGCGACUAAAAAUAGAAGUGAGCGUAAUCGUUGUGAUCUAAGUACAUAAAAAAUAUGUCUCACGAAAGUUUAAUUACAAUCUACUAUUGUCUUAUAGAAAACCUAAUUUGUAACUAUGUAAAAUAUAUAAAUAGGAUAAGGAUAAAAUGUUUGUACCUACCUAUUUAUAAGCAUCUGGGCCCGUUUCGGAUUUUGUAAUAGACAUCUAUUAGAUAUCUUGUAGACAUCGCCAAAAUACGAUAACGAUAUGUUUAAGAUCUAACCUGUCAAAAUUUGACAUUUCCGCGAUUCUGGAGAUACUAUUGAACGAUUUCCACAGGAUAUUACUUAGAGAUCUAAUUCACAUCUAAUAGAUAUCUCACACGAUCUAUCUUAAAAGUGACAUUGGUUGUCUGAAUUGCGCUGCAAAAGAGAACUAGUUGAAAUCUAAACUAUAACGUAUCUAGAAUGGAUCUAGUACGUGUCGUCUCUUGUGAAUAUCUUGAAGUUCGAAUACGGCAGUCUGUCGUUGCCACACCCAAUAUGGGUAUCAUGUAUUGAGUAAGUAUUGAGACAAUUGUUACCGGAAAACUUGACUACGAAUAUGAACAUACAUAUUAGCAAUUAAAAAGAAAUUAAAUAAAUAGUUUGCUUAAUAAUUCUAAGUCUUCUGGUUUUCCAAGGUAAUGGUGAGUACUGGUUUGCUAAAAGGAUAGCACAACUUUAGGUCCCAGGGUAGGUAAGUAGAACUGUUGGAAUACUACUUAUUUGCUCAGUCAGAACAUGAACGACUUUAAGAAAGAUAAAAAGGACUUCAAGGUUUGGCUGACAAGUUAUUUAUUGUUGCCUUGACCCCAAAAGACGUCAACUGACGCGCGCUACAGCCCAAUAUCAACCCUCGUGCAUUCCGACAUGGUUCAGGACGACGGGCGAUACGAUUGGCGUGGCGUUCAAAGGGUUAAGAAAACAUCUUUACAUUUCCCUAAAAUAAUUUGAAUUUUUUAACUAUCCACCAGGUGAACUUGCUAUAGCUUCUGGCUCCAAACAAGAUGUUGCUUCGCCGAAUGCUUCUGCUAUCACCCAGGAGAAAGAAUCCAUUAGCUCUGACAUACACAUGAUACAUGGAUUCAUUGAGAUUGAGAGGAUGGCUGAAUGCGUUAAACUGCCCAAGAGCAUUGUGGAUAAGUCCUGGGACCUGUAUAAACAGGUA